UGUAAAAUUGUCCUACCACUUUGGUUCUGAAUAGAAUCCUAUGUUCCCAGUUUGACUGAACAUGAUUGCCUCCCACAGUUCCACAUGAAAUAGAAAAAACACCAAAAGGACUAGGUCGUCCUUUGUGAUCGCAGAGUUUACAGCUUGUCAACUAAACCCUAAUGCAUCUCCAUGAAAACAAACACACUACUUCUUUAGGCCACGCUCUCCUUUAUCCCUUACGUGGCAGAUUUUCACUGGUUGUGUUUUUUCAAGUAACUCUUAGGCUCGUGAACUAACUCAUUCAGCUAAGGAAUAUUUUUUGUCUCGACUCUGAAGAGCAACGAAUUUUAAAAUUGUUAGUUGGGGGGCAUUGCCAUUUUUAAUAAAAGACUCUGUGGAUAGAUGCGUGUGUCUCCAAUGGUCAUUCUAAAUCAGCAAUGGAGAAUCAACCUGCACAUGGAAGAAAGGCAAUGGAAGAAGAACUAGUCAACGGGCGUGACACAGCAAACCAGUUACUUGAAAUACUUGUUCAUGAAUCCAACACUCAUCGUGGAGGUGUAGAAGUAGAAGGGUCAGUGCUACCUUUUGCUGAAGAUCUUGUUCGCAAGGUACUCAGAUCAUUCACAAAUACCCUUUUGCUGUUGAACAUUCAUAAUGAUGUCUCCGAUGAUGUGGUUAUGCCUACUACCACUAUCAAAGAUGCCUCUUCGUCUGUGAAAUGCCCAAAGCCUGAGGAUAAGGAUGAGUCUUGCAAGGGUUUCUUCAACGCUAAAAGACGAAGAGGGUGCCACAAGAGAAAAUUACAGGAUUAAUUACUUGAGCAAAUAAUUAAAUAAGAUCUUAAUUGUAUAAUGGGAAUUUUAUCGCCAUCAUGAGAUUAAGUGCACCAACAUGGGAAAAGAACAGCUCAAUUCUGAUGGAAGAUGGCUAUUUAUGGAGAAAGUAUGGACAGAAAAUGACAAUGAAUGCAAAAUACCUCAGGUAUAUAUUCUUCAAUUUCAAAUUGCAACCAACCAAAAUCUCGUUCUCU